UCUGAAAUAAACCCACCGUCUUUCCGGAGCAAAUGAGAGAAACAACUAUUUUCAAGGACAGCCAGAAUCAGUACAUCACGUAAACGAGAAAGAAAAUUUAAUGGAUCAUCAAAAAAAAAAAAAAUAAAAAAGACAAAAGAUUGUGAAUGUUGGUAACUGUACUUAUACUGGUAUUAAAACUGUGAACUUUUGUUCUUUCUUUCUUUCAUUUUCUUCAUUUCUUGCAAAUUCACUGCAUAUAGGUUAAUUUUCUGCGAUUUUGGAAACAUUUUUUGGGGAAUACAUUUGGAUAGAAUUGAAUUGGUGAGAUGGGAAGACUUUUUGUGGUGAAUUUGGAAGGGAAGAUCUAUAGCUGCAAAUACUGUAGGACCCAUCUUGCUCUCAGUGAAGAUAUUGUUUCCAAGUCUUUUCACUGCAGGCAUGGAAAGGCUUAUCUCUUCAACAAAGUAGUAAAUGUGACCCUUGGAGAGACCGAAGAUAGACUGAUGAUGACAGGGAUGCAUACCGUGGCUGAUAUUUUCUGUGUCGGAUGUGGAUCAAUUGUGGGUUGGAAAUAUGAGACUGCCCAUGAAAAGAGCCAGAAGUACAAAGAAGGAAAAUCAGUCCUUGAGCGGUAUAAGGUGUUUGGCCCCGAUGGUAGCAACUAUUGGAUCACUCAUGAAGCUCAUAUAGGCGGGAGCGAUGCUGAUGAUGUCUAAUUGCAUAAAACAUAGAUGGUUGAUUGCCGUUCAUUCUCCAAUUGUACAUAAUUUAACCCCCUGAAAACCUUUCAAUUUGAUUCGUAGAUUCCUAAAAUCAGUUGCUUAUCAAUUUCUGGUUUGCUACAUUGAUGUAAAUGGGAUACCCCAUUGUUUCAGAUUUUCUUUUAACAUAUAUUAUGUUCAAACUAUAAUGUAUAUUAUCCCAAUUUAGCAAUUUAUUUGUUUUCUAUAUGAAAUUAUCAAAGUCUAAACCAUC